AUGUCGGACGAAAACGUUAUCGCGACGCCGCUCGUCGUACCACCGACGCCCAUCACGGCCGUGGACCCCAAGUUUGUCUUGAAGUGCCCGAUGCGCCUCAACAUCCGCCACAACGACUGGGUCAACUCGGGCGAGUUCCGUGUCAAGGACGUCGCAACGGGCGUCCCAUACUUUUUGGUCGACGGCGCGUUCUGGUCGUUCCACAACCGCAAGCUGCUCCGCGAUGCUUACGGCACCGAAGUGGCAACGAUGGAAGAGCGCUCGUUCUCGCUCGGUCAUCGCGACGUGCUGCGAACCAACGGCCGUGGUGAGGCCACGUCGCACAUUUUUGGUUUUGACGUGACCAACUUUUUUGGCUGUACGGACCUCACGUGCGAAUUCGUCGACUUGGUGACCAAGCAGCGUCAUGUGCUGACGGCCUCGGGGAGCGUCGGGUCCUGGAACAUGGUCUUCCGCUGCGAUGGUCAUGCGAUUGCAAAGUUUGAAAGCGACUGGACUCUGAGUGGCGACAAGUACAUUGUGGACAUUGCACCCGGUGUCGAUUUGGCGCUUAUUGUGCUCUUGUGCGUCGGGGUGCAAGAGGCCUCCGAAUAG